AUGAAUAUAGCUAUGCUUGGGAAAAAAGUUAGCGAAUAUAUUGAAGGCGCUUCGACACUCUGGGUUGAGGUUUUGUCUGAUCGUUUUGGCAAAGGGUACGAGGGGAUUAAAAACUCUAAGGUUCAGUCUUCUUCUGUCUGGACAGCAAUGAGGCGGUGCUUUUCCAUUAUUGAGAUUGGGUUCACGUAUCGGAUAGGUAAUGGGGAGACCAAUUUUUGGGACGAAAUUUUUUUUCAAAGCAAACCCUUGAAGUGUCUUGUGGAUUACGUUCACAUAGCAGAUUAUGACAAAUCAUGUCGUCAGAUGAUUUUUAACGGGAGGUUUGAUGUCCAGUCGUUGCACACGAUUUUCCCAGCUCAUAUUUCGGAGGCACUGAAGGAUGCCCGUAAUAUUUAUCUUCAUCCAUUUGUUCCAGAUAAGUGGUGUUGGUCUAUUGGUAGCAAAGGGAAAUAUUCAGUGGCGUCUUGUUAUGAGUGGUUGCUUAAUCAGAGUAAUAACACGACGAAGUUGUGGAAAAAGAUUUGGAGGCAUGAUGUUCCAGAAAAAAUAAAUUUUUUAUGUUGGCUUCUUGGGCAAUGCUCGCUCCCUACGAAGGAUCUUCGUCACCGACAGCAUCUCGAUACAACGGGGUCUUGCACGAUUUGCGGAAAUGGAACGGAGACCUGGGUGCACUUGUUUUUCGAAUGCCAGUGGGCUACGCAGGUUUGGGCCAGGUUAGUUCGUUAUGGUUUUCCCUAUCGGCUUGCACGCACUAUCCCCCUUGAUGGCCAUUUUCUGGAAUUUAUCGUGAAUGCGCCUGUAUGUAUGCGGUUUACUCUUUGGUUUAUAUGGCUUGAACGUAAUAACAGGGUGUUCGGAAAUUCUCCUAAGUCUCCUUUUGCUGUUGUUAAGGAAAUUCUUUCUUUUUUCCAAUGGUGGAAGGAUACAAGGUUGCGGGCAGGUAUGCUUAAGGAUGGGGUUUGUCAUGACACUAUGCCGAAUACAGUAACUUGGAACCCCUGUCAGUGUACGGGUAUGAUUUUGCAUACGGAUGGUUCAUCCAUGGGUAAUCCGGGUCCUUCCGAAUUUGGGGCUGUGUUGCGCACUCAUGAAGGAGUUUGGAUUGAGGGUAUUUCAGGUAACAUUGGCAUUGCAGAUAAUACUUUGGCUGAGGUAAUUGCUAUUUUCGAAGGGCUAUCUUUAGCAGUGGCUCGGGGGUGUACAGAUCUUACCUGCUACUCGGACUCGCAAGAGGCUCUCAGAGGGAGGGCAAUUCCGUUGCCGAUUGCUUGGCAAGGAGAGGAUCCAAGGAUGAAGCUUUCUUCACCACUUGGGCAUUUCCCCCCGGAUGAUUUACUGACUUUAUUGGCUAAGGACGCAGCUUUGUUUCCUUACCCGCUCUUCUUGGCGCCUUCUCUGUGGUUUUUUAUUUUCUUCUAG